AAAUGUGUCGGGAAAUCAUGCCUCUUGCUACAGUUCACAGAUAAAUGGUUUAUGGCUGUUCAUGAUUUGACAAUCGGUGUGGAGUUUGGGGCACGGAUGAUUACCAUUGAAAACAAAAAGAUCAAACUGCAGAUUUGGGAUAUGGCUGGCCAGGAAUCCUUCAGUUCGAUCACCCACUUGUAUUACUGAGGAACAGCUGGGGCGCUCUUGGUCUAUGACAUCACCAGGCGGGAAACUUUCAACCAUUUGUAUGCCUCGUUAGAAGACGCUCGACAGCAUUCCAGUCCUCACAUGGUGAUCAUGCUCAUUGGCGAUAAAAGGUAA